AUGACUUCAGACGCAGCGGGUUCCAAAGGAUACGGCGCACUCUUUGAUAGACCAAUUCAAGGCUCUCUCCCCUGGAAUGGACGAUCUGCCAACUCAGAUCCCCACGCACCUUCUGCCCMGGAAUUGGUCGAGCAUUUAAGUGACCUUUUACUGUCAGGUCUGUCUGAAGGUUCGCGCAGAACGUAUCAGCGUGCCUGGUCAAWUUUUCGCGAAUUUUACCAGCGAUUUUACGAUUCGCGUCAGCCUAUAGUACCAGUGGCUCCCAACAUCAUAGCAUUGUUCAUUUCAUAUUCGAGUUUCCUUAAGAAGGCACCGGCAACAAUUGCUUCUUAUCUCUCGGCCAUCGGUUAUGUACACAAAUUGCGGGGCUUUCAAGAUCCUACUCAAACAUUUGUAAUACAAAAGCUUAUGAAAGCAGUGGGUCGUGAACGUGCCGCGGACCUUCGACUUCCUAUUUCACGCCCCGUGCUCCAUCAGAUUGUGCGAUCGCUUGUAUCGACCAAUUCCUCGGCUUCAAAACAGCGCCUCUACGCAGCUAUGUUUCUGACAGCCUUUUACGGCUUUUUUCGCGUCGGAGAACUGACGGCCAAAAGCGCUAGAGAGUCUGCAGACAUAGUUCAAUUCGAUGACAUACGUUUUCUCUCUGAGUGUGGUCAGGUUAAGAUGAUUAAGAUAACGAUUCGGAAGUUCAAGCAUAAUUCGGAUAAUAGGCCUUUCGAUAUUCUCAUUGCACGAGAAAGGUCCGCUGUAUUUUGUCCGGUUUUGAGUCUUAUCGCUUAUUGUGAGCUGCGCGGCAGGCAGCCAGGGCCGUUGUUCUGUUUACCUGACAUGAGUCCAAUAACUACCAGUAUGUUUAACACUGAGCUAAAACGUUGUCUUAUAUUUUGUGGGCUAGACACGACUCGUUACAAGAGCCAUAGCUUCAGGAUUGGAGCUGCUUGCUAUGCAUCRGAGCAAGGCUUUUCAGACUCUCAAAUUCGCAAAUUGGGUCGUUGGAAAUCCGACGCGUUCAAAGUUUACUUGCGUCCUGAAUCUCUCAAUGCUAAUUAG